AUGAGCGUUGAUCACCUCAUCAACAUAAGUGGCGAGCUAACUGUCAACGUUCGCGACAAUAUCGCAGGAGCAAAUGCUACUCAGAUUAUCAAUACCGUUAUUCGCCAACCUACUGCAUCCAUUCAAGCUUGUCUACGUGCGCUAGACUGCCCCGACGCCGGUGCCAUCAAGACGGAAAUCCAUUCUGCCGACGGCGUGAUACUGGAAUGCAUCGAGUGGAUAUUUCAGGAUGACCGAUUUCUCAAAUGGAAAGAGCCAGGAGAGAACUCAGUCCUCUGGAUCAACGGCAGUCCUGGAAAGGGCAAGACCCGCAUGGCAACGGGCAUCGUUGACAGCCUGCUCAAGGAAACAGACAAUUCCACAGUCAAUGGAAUAGCAGGAUUCUUCUUCUGCCAGAGUACGGAUGAUCGCUUGAACAAUGCCGUUGGUGUCCUAAAGGGUAUCAUCCGAAGUCUUAUAGAACAACGACCUCUCACCGUAGAACACCUGCAUCGUCAUUGGAUCGAUGAAGAGCAGAUUUUCGACAUGGACUUCAACCAAAUAGCUCCUCUGUGGACUGUCCUCAAGCGAAUCAUCAACGAUAACGGCCAUCUGGUAACACACAUUGUCAUUGACGCGAUCGAUGAAUGUAAUCACCAGACCGAAGAACUUUUACGUCUCAUCUUUACCGACGGACUCGCCUUUCCACGGAGCAUUAAAUGGCUUCUCACAAGUCGUCCUUUGAAUCUUCGUCUUCAAGAGAUCAUCUACGGCAGCUCUGAACGAAUUGAAGUCGAUCUCGAUGGCUCUUCGGCGCAGGUCGAAGACGCUGUGAAGAGAUACAUCAAAGCCAAGACGAGAUGGAUGAACAACAACAGAUUCUCGAUGGUUGACCAAGCACACAUCAAUGAAUCCCCUUUCACGAAUUCAGAAUCCACGUUCUUGUGGGUUGCAUUCGUUUGUCAAGAAGUCAGAAACUUGCCAGCAGCUGAGGUCAUCCAGGCUGUCUUGGCCAUGCCAAAAGGACUUCGAAAUUUGUACGAAAGGAGUAUGCGACUCCUUGACCAAGCGUGUCACAAUAGCGACGAAUUUGCCAUUGAUCAUCGAAAGCUUAUCUGGACUCUUCAUUCUCUGUCAAGCAGCCCUCACAUGUUGGAGCUUGCUGUGCUUGCUGGCUUGCCGACAGAAAGAGCUAAAGACGAGAGCUACCUACUCCGAGUUAUCCGAGAACGCAACACAUUUUUGAUACUCACCACAGACGACGCUGUUCGAUUGGUUCAUAAAUCUGUUGAUGACUAUCUCUAUGAAGUGCAAUCAUUGACACCGCAACUGGCGAUGCUGCCUUCGCAAGAACUCAUCGCACGACGAUGCAUACAAGUCCUGCAAACAUCGCUUUGUCGGAACAUCGCUAAGUUGCGUGCGGUUGAUUCUGAAGCUGAAGAGGCAUGUACGAAAAUCCUAGAAAAGCUUUCCAUCAAGAUAGGAUACUCGUGCAUCCAUUGGCUUGAUCACGUUACAAGAUCUGGAACACGUCGCUGUGCGUUGACUGUUUACGUGUUCCUGCAGCGCCAUUUGCUACACUGGAUUGAGGUCAUGAGUCUUCUCAAUAGGACGGACACAUCCAGAGAACAGUUACUCCAAUUCGAAGUAUCCAUAGAAGCUAUGUCCAGUGGUAGCCCCUUGCCGAGUCAGCGGAGCCUGAACUUGACUGGUCUUUGUGAAUUCGUCAAGUCAGCUCGAGACUUUGCUACAUCUAACGGCAAUCUGGUACGUAGAUGGCCCUUACAAGUAUACUCCUCUUCAUUGGUUUUCUUCUCGUCGCACGAAGGCUUUUCCAAAGCUUUCGCUGAAGAGCUUCCCGCAUGGAUAUCAGGUCAUUUCGUCCCGGUGCAUCGUAUGUGGUAUCCAACUCCAUCCAUAACCAUUGAGCACGGACAUGAAGAGAACGUUCAAGCAAUGUUGUCCAAAAAUGGAGAGCGACUCGUCACAGUGUCUCACAACUCUUGCAAGAUCUGGAAUUUGAUUGAACCACAGCGCUUUACAGAGCUCCAAGGCAAUCAUUACUCCUCAGAACUGCAAAUGGAGUUUUUGCAUGGAGAGAAACAGUUCCAAGCUGUUUGGACAAAAGUCAUCCCUUUGGGACCUUUUCAGAUACAAAAUCUCUAUCGGGAGACCUGGCAGUGUGAUUCAGGAACCUCUUCUGGACAGUCACAGACCCCGAUAGUGAUACCAAUCGACGAUCCUUCAGAUCCUCUUAUUCCGUUCUACCACCAUAAUUGUAUCUCAACUGAUGGCAAGUUAGUUGCUGCCCUCGACAAAACACAUCCGAAGCUGCGGAUGUGGUCGACCGUCGGGGAAGAAGAGCUGGCCUUUGUGCAUCUGCGCAUCCUUGAAGCCGAGCUGCCCUCUAUCGAUUUGCACAUCCUUGUAGCCGAGCUACCCAUGCUUGAACAUGAGACAUUGCAGUUCUGCUGCAACGACAAGUUCAUAGUGUAUGAAGCCCAUGAUGAGAGGAAACAAUUUCUCUUGGUAUGCGACCUUGAGAAGGCUGAUGUUAUGGUGCAGACCAAAUGCAUUGACCAUAAUCGUACUUGGAUGCAGUACCCAUGGGCUAUCUCUCCUGGCGGCGAGUACUUCGCUUCUACCACUCAAGGUGACAAGUCUUUGCCUUUUGUCGCGAAGAUCAGCAUCCGUGAGAUCCCGACACGGCGUGUGAUGUUCACAAUUUUGGUAUCAGCCAUCAGUGGCUUAGCCUUGUCUACAAAUCCGCUGCGAGUGGCUGCAGCUUCUCACGAUGGGACCAUCAGAGUCUGGGAUAUCGAUGAAGCCAGAUCCCACGAUUAUGUACAGAGUGCCAUUGACAUAUACAGUGGCAUACCCAGCACAUCUUCCCGGAUACUCUCUCUCUCUGAAUCAUGGAUGGGUGGAUGCUUCCAAUGUCUUGCGGCUGCCUGGCUACCUUCGCCGGACUACGGUUCAUUGCUCACCAUAUGUUACUAUGUCGAAGAUAGCAGCUUCAGUGGUGGACGGUCUUCUGGUACGUUCUUGACCACAUAUGAGGUUUCGAUCGAGCAUCUUCAUGGUCAAUCAUUCGACCCUCGCCAAUUGAGCUUGUGGACCUCCCAUGUUAUCACCACUGCAGACGACACAGAACGUACAACUCUUGCAACGAAGCCCGCAUCGGCUGCCGUGACUUAUUCUGAAGAUCAGUCAUUGAUACUAUGCUCGUUUUUGAUUGGGAAUCGUGCCGUCUUUGGCGAGCUCGAUGUUCAUGACCGUAAUGGGAAAUACGCGUUGGUUGACCUCAAGUCUAGUCUAUUGACUGACCGAGCUGGCACGACACAAGCAAUCUGUGUUUCUCCAGAUCAUCACUUGAUUGCAUGUUCUUUUUCUCUCAAAGCCCGUCAGGGACCUUCUUGUGUGAACUGUAAACAGGUUCACGAAGUCUCUCGUGUCUACAUCCUCCAAGACUAUCGCUACCAUAGUGAUGCUUUUGGUUUCGAAACUCAAGACGUCAGCCUUCUCAAGUUCUCGCAUUCAGCAGAGCUUCUUGUCGCGUUGUCAGAAGGAAGACAGCACAUCAAGGUCUUCAAGAUCCUUCAGAUCUCCGCAAAGACGUCACAUGACGCGACGGACCCGCCACAACAGCUCCAUCUCAUCGCCGAGUUUACGGAUCAUGGCUUUAUCAGUGAUGUAGAGUUCACCAAGAACAACAGGGCUCUUAGGACAAACCGUGGAACCAUCCAACUGUUCUCAGACCUACCAUCAGCUUCCUUGUCCUCGGCGGCUCCUCUUCCCGGUCUUUACUUUGAUGGCCAAUGGAUUUGCAUGAUGGAGAAUCCUAUCUUGUAUAUCCCAGCUGAGUACAGACCUGCUUCGGGUAAUAGAAAGCUAGGCUUCCUGGAACAUAAGUCCGUUAUCAUACAGGGCUCCUGGGUCAUAUUCAGAACGGUCACUCGACAUAUCGUGAAGCUGAAGUUUGACCGACAGUUGAUCUGGAAAAUUCUUUCUCAUGAUUGUUCAUACAAUUUCAGUGGUGCUACCUACGAAUGCAAAGAAGAACCCUGAACGCUCCGUACACAUCUCCAUGCAUAAAUUGAUUUUCACGCGAUCUCAAAAAGCAGUAGGCCUGGAACUCGUUUAGUAAUGCAUUGACCGCCUCUGAGACCACUUUCCAUAUCAAGGCCAGUGUGUCCGAAGAUCCUACUCUCCUGCCGCACUCUACCGCACUGAAGUUGAUGAAGAGGAACCACAUAAGACGGGAAUCGUUCGAAGGAUCGGUAGGCGGACACCCUAAGGAUGACAAACUUAUGCUACAUCCAUCUCGUAUCAUCUCCAAAGUUUCCUCAUCUAUUGAUAAUGUUCCACCUUAGCCAAUAAGUAAUAUUAAUGCCAUAGUCUUAGUUUGUCGCAGUAUGACC